GUGUAUCGACUAUUAAACGACCCUCUUUGGGUGUCGUCGUUAUCUAUUUUGUGUGAAUUUUCUGCGUGGAAGUUGCACUUGGCUCGAGGUCCGUCGUCAUCGACAGGUUGCGCGCUGGUUACGUCAACUACGGCGGGAGGUUCCUCGUGUGCCGGGGAAUUGUCCGUUGGUCGUCGUCACCCUUGCUUCAGGUUACGCGUACUGCUCGUGUAAUUGGGAGUAAUUUUAUUGGUGGACCUGGAGGAGUUCGUUGCAUCGUAAAAGAUCGGGACAAAUCAUCGGCACGUCGGAGUUAUGUCAGAGGAUAUGGCCGCUGAUGGCUACAUGGAGAUAAUAAACAUUGACAUUUCUUCGGUUAUAAUUGAGAUGAUGAGGAAGAAGUACUUUGAUCUUGCACAGCUACAAUACAUGCAAAUGGAUGUUAGGGAUAUGAGUAAAUUCUCUGACGAAUCAUUUGAUUGCGCCAUUGAUAAAGGUACUUUGGACUCUUUGAUGUGUGGUGUGGAGGCUCCUCUCAGCGCAGCUCAGAUGGUCCUGGAAGUGGACAGGCUACUUAAACCAGGGGGAGUCUUUAUGCUGAUAACUUAUGGUGACCCAUCAGCGCGAAUUCCUCACUUGAACCAACCAGUAUGCAGUUGGAAAAUUGUACUGUACAUUCUGCCAAGAUCUGGAUUCAAGGGAAACAUAAGAAGAUCUGUCUUCGACCCUGUUCCACUGACUGAGAGUGGUAGAUUGCCUGAGGGCUUUGUUCUGGAGGAUCCUGACUCUCAUUAUAUUUAUGUUUGCAAAAAGGGCCAAGAAUUAACAGGGAUAGAUUCUCCAACCUUAAGCCACUUGAAGUUGCAAGAUUCCGAGUGAGCUGUAGGAUAAUUCAUCUCACAAUAUUUGUGCAUUGUUGUGAUCCUUACAAGAUCAAACAGCGUGAUGCUGCCACCAUUAUGGCCAUCCAAAAAUAGAAAGUGUGCCUUUGCACGAGUAUACAUUUUUUCAGUGAUCUUGUAAGAAUCAUCAAGUUAUUAUAUUGUGUUACCACUGGUUGUAAUGCGGUGCUGGAAGGAGGAUAUGAUUGUUUGGCACAUUUGAGGAACAGAAUUUGUCCCAGUUUCAUCCUCUGUGGAAUAGAAAGAAAUUGCCAUUA